AUGGGGAGGAAGACAAAGGUCGGUAAGGGGCGUAAGGAUCAUUUCUAUAACCUUGCGAAGCAGCAAGGGUUUCGUGCGCGUUCUGCGUUCAAGUUGACUCAGUUGGGUAGCAAGUUCAAUUUGUUCGAUGAGGUGUCAUUUAUCAUAGACUUAUGUGCAGCGCCAGGUGGUUGGAUGCAGGUUGCGCGACAGGCAGUGCCAAUGGCAGGACAUGUGUUCGGUGUUGACUUGUGUCCGAUAUCUCCGAUAAAAGGUUGUACGGGUAUUCAGGCGGAUAUAACAACAGUUCGUUGCGAGAGGCUAUUGAACGAGGCGAUGAGACGAGUAGGUGUUCCGGACUGUAAGGUAGAGUUGGUUCUACAUGACGGUGCACCUAACGUUGGUGCGGACUGGAACAAGGAUGCCUAUGUCCAGAAUGACUUGGUGUUGAAGUCCCUUAGUUUGGCUUGCAAGUAUUUGAAACCUCAUGGUAACUUUGUGACCAAAGUCUUCCGUAGUGUGGACUACACUAAGCUGCUCUUUGUCUUCUCACAAUUAUUUGCCCAAGUGGUUGCAACGAAACCGUCUUCGUCGCGUGACGUAUCGGCUGAAAUCUUCGUUGUGUGUAAAGGCUUCAAAGCUCCCCAAAAAAUUGACCCAGCCCUCUUCGACGCCUCCAAGGUCUUCCAGGCGAUCGAGGAAGGUCCCACCAAGACUGAACUUGUCUCCCAAGCCUUACUGCCGGCCGGCGCCAGGGGAGGACUGACCAUGGGUGGGCUCACGGCCGCUAUGAAACUCGUGGGUAAGAAAAACCGCAGCGGUUACGAAGAAGGCGACCUGUUCCGCAAGUGCACGGUACGUCAGUUCUUCGAAUCGGCAAUGCCGGCUCAAGUUUUGGUACUCCAUCAUCGCAUGGAAUUUAAUUCGGCAGACACACUUGACCAGGAGAUUUUCAACCAUCCCAGCACCACCGAUGUGAUCAAAGACAGUAUCCGCGACCUCAAGCUGCUCGGCAAGCAGGACCUGCAGCAGCUGCUCAAGUGGCGGCUGCGGAUUUUGAAGGAAAAGGCCGCGGCAGCGAAAGAGGUGUCGGAUGCGCAAAAGAAAGCCGAGGAAACGUCGCGGCAACAGGAGAAGGAACAGGCCCGAGAGGGCAUGACCGAGGCCGAGAGGGCGCAGGCGGACGAAGAGGAGUUGGAGGAUAUGUUACAGUCGGAAGCACGCGAGAAGUUGAAGAAAUUACGAAAGUUGCGCGCGAAAUUCCGCAAAAUUUCGGAGAAGUCGCAAAUCGCGCAAGCCGUAUUUAAUGCGGAGGAAGAGGAAUGCUUCCCCAGCGCGGCCGUCGCGGCCGAGGCCUUCGCGGAGGAGGAACGGGAGGUGGACGCUGCGCUACUUCAAGACGACGCUCCAUUGGUCACCCAAGAACGCAUUGAGCAACUUCAGAAAGAGGUGCUCGGUGACGAAGCCGACUCUAGCUCCGACGAAGAGAGCGAAGCCGGCAGCGACGUAGACUACGUCGACCUACUCGAACGCGAAAUGGAACGGCUGCACGAAAUGGAGAAGGAAACUGCAGCCGCACACUCGAUUGCCAAGGAAGCCGCCAAAAAGAAAGAACGUCGCCGAGAACGUGUCUUCAAAGAAUGGGCCGAAGAAAUGACCGAGUUCAUGACCGACCUGGAACAACGGAACAAGGACGCACACAUAGCUCUCGACUCCGAUGAGGAGGCUGAAGUCGACCUCAAGGAGUAUUAUGCAACGACUGGAGGCGCCGGAGAUGCAACCCCAGACGAUUCGAAAGCUGGAGACGCUUCGGAAGCGGAAGGCGACGACCAGAUUGAGAGUGACGACGACCAGGCUGAGAGUGACGGCGACCAGGCUGAGAGUGACGGCGAGGCAGAUGAAGGUGAGAGUGAGGCUGAGAGUGAGGCUGAGAGUGAUGCUGAGAGUGAGGCUGAGAGUGAGGCUGAGAGUGAGUUGGAGGUUCCCCUGAGUCGAAAGCGGCCAUUGGACGCGGCGGAGGAUGACGACUCGUUGUCCGAGAUCGACGGGUCUUCGGAUGAGGAAGCCGAUCCGGAAGGCAUAGAGGAAAUUGCGGAGUCUGAGUUGCCGCAGAUCCCGUUGAAUGAGAAGAAGCUGCGGCAUGAGCGACGAUUGAAAGCGGCGGUCCGACAGGAGAAGAAGGAGGCCCACAAAGCGGGCAAGCAGGCUAAGUUGUUGGGUCAGUUGGGAGGAUCGGUAGAGGCCGUGGCGGCUCGAGGAACUUCGCGUGGGUCAGGGGCUAUCGUAACUGAGUACAAGCCUGCGGGCUUACCAAAGGGCCCAGCGCCGGGUGCGGGCUCUAACGGUAAUGGUUUCCCGAAGCAGGCUCUGAAGAAACCGGAUACGUUGGAGGAAAUUGCGGAAGUACAGGCACUCGGGUCAUUGAUGCGGCAUAAGGAGAGCCGGAUGGAUUUGCUCGAUGGUACGUAUAAUCGAUGGGCUUUCAACGACCCAUCUGAACUUCCCUCCUGGUUCGUUGAGGAGGAGGCCGUAACGCGCGUACCCGACCUCCCCAUGACCAAGGAACACUACCAGGAAUAUCGUAGGAAACUCAAAGAAAUAAACGAACGACCGAUUCGCAAGGUCCAAGAGGCACGAGCCCGCAAACGCGCCCGUAUGGACAAGAAACUCGAGUCCAUCAAGAAACAGGUCGCUAACAUCGCCGAGUCCGCCGAAAUGAACGAACGCGGUAAGGCACAAGCUAUCGAUAAACUCAAGCGAAAAGCUCUCAAGGCCACCGAUAAACGACGAGGACAUAAAGUCUACGCCGUAGCCAGACGAAAUGGCUCCGCCAAAAAUUGCAAGCCCAAGGGAGGCCAAAGGGGCAGCCGAGUCAUCAAAGUUGACAAACGCCUUAAGGCAGACAAACGAGGAAACCUCAAAGGCAAACCCAAACGGCGCUAA